UCUCGGCUUCGGCUCCUCUUCGGGUGUGGUCAGUGGACGCUAGUCAGGGCGGACUCGGCGCUCCUCGGCGGCCUUCGUCUGGAGCUCGUCUGGGCCUCGGCUCCUUUUCGGGCGCGAUCGUUCGCCGUUCGGCAGGCCAGGCUCGGCUCUCCUCGGCUGCCUUCGGCUCCUCUUCGGCUGCGCUCCCGGAAGGGCGCCCAUGGAGCCGGCUUGCCGGCCUGCCAUGGCGCCUCUGCUGGAGUAUGAGCGGCAGCUUGUGCUGGAACUUCUGGACACCGACGGGCUGGUGGUGUGUGCCCGCGGGCUCGGCGCCGACCGACUCCUCUACCAUUUCCUCCGGCUGCACUGCCACCCGGCCUGCCUGGUGCUGGUGCUCAACACGCAGCCGGCCGAGGAGGAGUAUUUUAUCAAUCAGCUGAAGAUAGAAGGCGUGGAACACCUCCCUCGGCGAGUGACCAAUGAAAUCGCAAGCAGCAGCCGCUAUGAGGUGUAUACGCAGGGCGGCAUUAUAUUCGCCACAAGUCGCAUCCUGGUGGUUGAUUUCCUGACCGAUAGAAUACCUUCAGAUUUAAUUACCGGCAUACUGGUGUACAGGGCUCACAGAAUCAUCGAGUCUUGUCAGGAAGCGUUCAUCCUGCGCCUCUUCCGGCAGAAGAACAAGCGGGGUUUUAUUAAAGCCUUCACAGACAACGCUGUCGCCUUCGAUACCGGCUUCUGCCACGUGGAGAGAGUGAUGCGGAAUCUUUUUGUGAAGAAGCUGUAUCUGUGGCCAAGAUUCCAUGUGGCCGUGAACUCGUUCUUGGAACAGCACAAGCCUGAAGUCGUGGAGAUCCACGUCUCCAUGACGCCGGCCAUGCUCGCCAUCCAGACCGCCAUCCUGGACAUCUUAAACGCAUGUCUAAAGGAGCUCAAAUGCCACAACCCGACGCUGGAAGUGGAAGACUUGUCUUUAGAAAACGCUAUCGGGAAACCUUUUGACAAGACGAUCCGCCACUAUCUGGACCCUUUGUGGCAUCAGCUUGGAGCCAAGACCAAGUCCUUGGUGCAGGACUUGAAGAUCCUGCGAACGUUGCUGCAGUAUCUCUCUCAGUAUGAUUGUGUCACAUUUCUGAACCUCCUGGAAUCCCUGAGAGCAACGGAGAAGGCUUUUGGUCAGAAUUCAGGUUGGCUGUUCCUGGACUCCAGUACCUCAAUGUUUGUAAAUGCUCGAGCAAGGGUUUACCGCGUUCCUGAUGCCAAGCUGAUGAAAAAAGGCAAAAUGUCUGAAAACGUGGAAAUAAAAGAAGGGCAAGAGACAAGGAAGGAACUAGUCCUCGAAUGCAGCCCGAAGUGGGAGGCACUGACCGAAGUAUUAAAGGAAAUAGAGGCAGAGAACAAGGAGAGUGAAGCACUCGGUGGUCCGGGACAAGUGCUGGUCUGCGCCAGCGACGACCGCACCUGCUCGCAGCUGAAGGACUACCUUACGGCCGGGCCCGAGGCCUUCCUGCUGAGGCUCUACCGGCAGGCGUUCGAGAAGGACAGCCUCGCCGAGGAGGUGUGGGUGAGACUCCGGAAGGAGGACAGUUCACGGAGGACCCGCAGGUCUCAGAAGAGACCCAAAGACCCCCCAGUCAAAGAGCGUCCUGCCAAGGAAAGGGCUGGCAGGAAGAAGAAACCGAAGUUGACCUUAACCCAGAUGAUGGGGAGGCCGGAGGAUGAACUGGAGGAGGGAGGGGCAGCCGAGGAGGGCAAGCCCCGGGAAGUAGACAGCAGCCCGGAAGGCAGCCUGGAGGAAGUGAGGCACGAGGAAUUCGAGGUCCAGUUGUCGUCGGACGCGGCCUACGGAAUCCUCAAAGAGCCCCUCACCAUCCUGCACCCGCUGCUGGGCUGCAGCGACCCCUACGCGCUGACGCGGGUCCUGCACGAGGUGGAGCCCAGAUACGUGGUUCUCUACGAUGCUGAGCUCACCUUUGUUCGCCAGCUUGAAAUCUACAGGGCCAGCAGGCCCGGGAAGCCCCUGAGGGUUUACUUUCUGAUCUACGGAGGCUCCACGGAGGAGCAGCGCUACCUCACGGCUCUGCGCAAAGAGAAGGAAGCCUUUGAGAAGCUCAUCAGGGAGAAGGCCAGCAUGGUUGUCCCUGAAGAGAGAGAAGGCCGAGAUGAAACCAAUCUGGACUUGGCAAGAGGCGCUGCGUCCACAAACGCUCCCACAGACACGCGCAAGGCCGGUGGCCAGGAGCAGAACGGUACACAGCAGAGCAUCAUCGUGGACAUGCGUGAGUUCCGGAGCGAGCUCCCAUCGCUGAUCCAUCGCAGGGGCAUCGAUAUCGAGCCUGUGACCCUGGAGGUCGGGGACUACAUCCUGACCCCAGACAUGUGCGUGGAACGCAAGAGCAUCAGCGACCUGAUCGGCUCCUUGAACAACGGCCGCCUCUACAGCCAGUGCGUCUCCAUGUCCCGCUACUACAAGCGGCCCGUGCUGCUGAUCGAGUUCGACCCCAGCAAGCCCUUCUCCCUCACAUCCCGAGGUGCCUUGUUCCAGGAGAUCUCCAGCAAUGACAUCAGCUCCAAGCUCACACUGCUCACGCUCCACUUCCCCAGGCUUCGCAUUCUCUGGUGCCCCUCCCCCCAUGCCACCGCCGAGCUGUUUGAGGAGCUGAAACGCAACAAGCCACAACCCAACGCAGCGAUGGCCAUGGCUGUGACGGCCGACUCCGAGACCUUGCCCGAGUCGGACAAGUACAACCCCGGCCCCCAGGACUUCUUGUUGAAGAUGCCUGGGGUCAAUGCCAAGAACUGCCGGUCAUUGAUGAACCGCGUGAAGAACAUCGCGGAACUGGCAACUCUGUCCCAGGAGGAGCUCACGACCAUCCUGGGCAACGCCGCCAACGCCAAGCAGCUGCACGACUUCAUGCACACCUCUUAUGCCGAGGUGGCAUCCCGGGGGAAAAUGAAGAAGUGAGCCAUGGCGGCCGGCCUCUCAUCCCAUGCCUGUGCUGUCCACCUGCCCCGUGUCGGCCAGCGGAGGUCGCUGUCUGCAACAAGCUCAGUGCUGAUGCUGCAGAGCGGAAAGCGCUUAGAUAUUCUUUCCCCAAGGGCAGGGACCAGGAUCCCCCUCACUCCAGCACCUCGGGGUCAUCCUCGCUGUCCUGCCCCAGCCUCUGCCCCAGCUUGCACUGUCCCUGCCAGGCCCUCGGGUACCCAACCCUACAGUGGGUGUGGGCAGGAUCAGGUAGUUUCUGCAAGAGUUGGUUUCUACAGGCUCCUUGAAUCCUAGUGGGAAUGUGUUUUUCCUAUGCAAACAGUAAGGUGCGCAGUCAUGUUCUCAUCCUCUAGCUACACAGGGGCCUCUGCACUCACAGCAUCGUCCCUUUGCCAUUUCCCCCACCAGUGCUCCACACCACGUUGUCUUCAGCAACACACCUCCUCCACCUGUAGUUCCUGCUGUGAAACCGGCCAGCUAGGCUUCAGGUCCCAUACAUGGAGGUAGCUCGUACUACACCUUGACUGUUCAGAACCAAUAUUUCUACAGCAAAAAGCAGUUCCCCUGCUUGCAGAACAGGCUGGCCCGGGAAAGAGCCCUGGGGCUUGGCAGUUGCUACUGCUGAGUAAAGUCCAGGGAGCGCCCUGUCCAGAUGGCGGUCAUGGACAGCUGCAGGAACCCCUCCCUUCCUGGCAGGUCCAUGUUGGGAUGGAGUUUUCUUUCCUCAAGGUGAGAUAAAGGACUGCAGGUAAAUGAAAGAGCAGUGCAUAGACUAUGUGCAAGUUCAAGGGAAAAACAGCCUGUAUUUAAAAAUCCCUAAGGAACACAAUCUCAUUUGGAACCUACUUCCCAUUGAUUUAGGGUUUCCUUUUAUGGAUGUGUACAUACAGGGUAUUCGUAGCAUCUUUGUACAGUUUUUAAACUUUUCUAUUUAAACACUGACAUGCACAGCGAUGCCUAAUAAAUUUCCUACCUCAAGAGCUGGCAUAGACAUGAAUUCAGCCAGCCAUGACCCCAUUGUAAUGUGUCAUCAAUGUCACCUGGUUUUUAUUGUUGUUUGUCACAUUGAUGGUGAGCAUGUGACACAAAAUUGUCUUUAGCAAAAGUAGUUUUAGCUGAAGACCAAAAAAAUUGAAGUCUUCAACUUUAACAAAAAAUAUUUUUAAUUGCCUUUCCAAACUUGGCCUCUCAUGUUGGCGUCUCGGUGUGGCCAUGCUGGGCUGUGCAUGUGGAUCGGUAACUGCGGACGAGGCGGUCAGAGCUGGACUGGUUUUCCUGGAACUCGGCCACGUGACACAGAGGAUGGCAGCGAGGACAGGAGCCCAAGAUCAGUGAAGGUGGGAGAAAGAGUCGCACUGUAGCUUUUGUCCCAGGGUGAAAGCAGAAAUGCGGAGCGGUGCCAGCCCGAGUAUGCAGGCUGCCUUUGGGGGUCUGCUCCAUUGAUGAAUUCCCUCAGAGAUUCCAGACACAUGGGGACAGAGGGAGCACUGCAGGUGGUGCUGGCCACUAGGCCGUUCCUCCCCGUCCAAGCCUGUUGCUGUGGCACGCACUGCCCCUCUUUCCUUCCUUUUCCGGUCCUUUCAUAACGUGGAAGGCGAGCCCUGAGCUGGCACAGUGUGUGAUCGGGACUUGAGGAACAAGUGCUUCCCAAAGCAUUCACUUCAAACAGUCCUUGUCGCCUGGCAGAGCAUCGAGAGCAGGCUUCCUUGUGCUCAGGCUCGGUGGCCCCCAAGUCCUCCCGAGCACUGGAACACUGCCCGGGUGUGUGUGAGCUGUGAGCGCGCAUUGCCAGUGAGCUCUGAAACGUCCUUACAGGCAAGGCCCCCCCACCCGGCACAGCCCCUGCCGCUGGACGGGCGAGGACCCCCGCCCCCCGGCACAGCCCCUGCCGCUGGAUGGGCGAGGCCCCCAGCACAACCCCUGCUGCUGGCCGGGGGAGGCUUUCCACACAUCCAGCAGGUGGUCACCCUUCCAAGGUUUGCUCUUUCUGGUUUUGUUGCUUUUAUAAUCUAAAGGUUUUUGAUGAACUAGGAAUUCAUAUAGUUGCAAAAUUAACGUAUUUCUUUUCUAGCAUCAUUUUGUUCAACUUUGCCUUUUUUUGUCUCAAAAUAGUAAACAUCCAGUUUACAUAGGAAUUGAUGUUUAGGUUUUUAAAAAGCUGGAUCAUCAUUAUUGUUACAUUUUGCAGGACUUUUGCAUAGAAAUGUAAACAUAUGAAAUAUUGUGAGAAAUCAGUUUAGGGUAUCAUUUAUUUAAAUCACAUUGCUUCUUGCUAUUUCUGUAAAAUCAGACAGGAGGAAGUAAUUUUUAAUAGUGGCCAUGAACAUGAUCCUUUGGGCAAUAAGUCACUGUCGAGCCCGAGGCCUGGUCAACCAGGUGUGUCUGCCUGUGCUGGAGCAACGGGCGACAGGGGGAAGGGGGAACAUUUUCCCAGGUCACAAGGGGCUGAGUGGACUUGUCUGGCACAUCAGCCCAUUAGGAUGGGAAGGGUGACAUCUUGAUGGGUAACUGAGGGAAAGCUAUGCUAAGCACAGCUCGGCGAGGGAGUGGAGUAACGUGGGAGACGGUACUGGUCCUCGCUUUGGCUUUUCAGGCAGAAUUUAAUUUUCCUUUGGCUCAGAACACUUUGUUCGUUAGGGAAACUCUCUUCUCCCCUGUGUGGUUGAACCUCAGAGUAUCCUUUGAAAAGUCAGUGUUGAAGGCCAGCGUUUCUCUGCAGCGUGGGAACUUGUGAGCCUUAGCGGGUCUCGGGCAUGGAUUGCUUGUGGUUCUUUGCUCUUCCGCCUUCUCUGUUGAUUUGUUCUUACUGGCUUCACUGAAAGAGCCACCUUGAUCAGCAGGUGUUUAGGGUCCCCACACUGGGCAGCUGGAGCAGAGCCGUGAGUGUGUAACGUAAAGUAUAUAUUUAUUCCAGAUUUCACUCAGUGUUCUGUGGGCACAGUGAAAACAACGCAGUGGAAUAAAGGGCACGUAUGACCAGCACUGUGUCGGAAAAACAUGAGGAUGUUUGAUUGUUGUUUUUCUCUCGCGCUGCACAGAGUAACCCAUUAGAGCUGACUGUCUUCAGA